AUCAUAAGCAGCGACCGUCGCUGAUAAGUACAUGACACCUAAGCGGCCAACCUUGCUCACCGAGACCACUUCCAGUCUCACCGUCGUCCAUCCCGAGCACUUCGGCCAUCCGCCGACCCUCUCGGUUUCGGGAUGCCUGUCCAUCCAACUGCCUUCGGUGUGCCGAUAUCUCACGCUAACUACGCACCACUUCUCGUCCCUUCCCGUUUGGAGCUCACCGGGCCUGUGGAUCUUCUGUUUAGCGUUGGCUGAUCCUCUCCACCAGCGAAAAUUGUCAUCCAACCACAACCCCUCGUGCACGUCGGUGCUCAGGUCCAGCUUCAGCUGGAGCUCAUAUAGCCUGACUCGAACCACCCAGCCUAUCAGAGAUCUCCCUACCUUACCACGGAUUCGGUCGGAACUUGACCGGCCUGCAAUCGAUGACCUUUUCGGCUUCCGGUGAGGUUUCACUCUCCUCCGUUAGGUCGGGUUCGGCAUGCCGUAAUGCCGCAAGAGAGAGACGUUGCUUGCUGUCUACCCUCAAGCUCACAUUGUAAACCCAGAUAAUAGAAC